AUGUCCCUCCAAAACACCUGGCAUCACCGUAAAGUAGCGGAAACCGCUGCAAAGGCAUGUUUCAUCUGCUACAAACCCUCGAGUAGUGUUUUGAUUACCCCGGAUAACAAAGAUUUCUUUUACAUAUGUCCCGCGCAUUUGAAAGAUCGCAAUUUCUGCUCUCCAGUUGUGGAUACGGCGGGGCCGGAGGCGAAGGGGAAAGAGGAGGCGUUGGCGAGGGAGAUUGAGAAGGUGAAGAUGGAGUACGAGGAGAAGCAGCAGAGGAAGAAGGAGAAAGAAAAGGGGAAGGACGGGAAAGAGAAGAAAGAUGCAGACAAGGACAAGGAUGCCAAAUCGGAUGAGAAGGAGAGGGACGAUAAGAUUAAUUCCCUGAGGAAGCAAGAAAAGGCACAGGGACAAGGACAAGGGAGCACAUCAACAGACGACUCACCCCGUGUAUUCUCUCUGCACAAGAAUUUCUAUCAAAUGCGCGUCGACCGCCUGCGUAAUAUCGAGAUGGCCAAGCGCAAUCGUCAACGGUUGCAGGAUCCAUCGCUGUUCCCGUCUGUUCCGUCGAGGGGUCUUUGA